CUUUCGUUCACAGCUCACAGCUUCGAUGCGGCUAUACAAAUAUUAGAAACGGCUACAACUAUGACAUUUCCACAAAUUGCAACCCUAGUAUAAUAAUUUGCGUUGCAUGUUUCGGCACAACUAUUAAAAUUGUGAAGCAGCACACAACAAAAUCUCCACAGAUCAAACAACAAUAAAAAGUACAAUACAAAAUCUAACCAAGUGAGCUUGAAGACCAGCAAAAUGACAAAACUUCAGGUGAUAGUACUGCAUCCAGUGAAAAAAGAAUUUAAACGUAAGCACUGCGGCUUCGAUCAUGAUACGCCCGAUGAUUUUGUCAAAUCGCAGUGGCAAACCUGUACAAAGAGUAUGGUAUAUUUGCUCUACCGCUGGUUCAUGGCUCUCUUCUUUAUCGCCGUUGUCAUUAAGUCGAUGUGGCCGCGAUCCGAUGAUGAGUCCAGCUACUGGCUCUACUUCAUCUAUAUGACCAAUUGGGGCAUCUGGAUGUGCAUGCUAACCAAUUUAUUGGGCGCCAUACUCGUCACAAUUUGGCACCAACAUCCAGAGUAUGCGGAUAAGCUGCUCAACAUGAAGGCUUGGGUGAGCCCUUUUCGAGUUUAUUGGAGCAUGCACAUUAUUACGCUAGUCUUAUCGAUUGUUAUUACGAUCAUUUACUGGACCGUACUCUAUGAUGCGAAAGAAACUAAUUUGGAUGCCACGAAUGUGCUCACCCAUGCAUUCAACUCGAUUUGCAUGUUCAUUGAUCUGUGGAUUGUGGCACAUCCGUUGCGUUUGCUACACGUGUUUAUGCCCGUCGUAUUUGGCAUUAUCUAUGCCAUAUUCUCCUACAUAUAUCAUUUAUGCGGCGGCAUCAACAAAAAGGGAAAGCCCUACAUAUAUCAUGUGAUUGAUUGGAAUCAACCGAGCUCAGCUCUUCUGACUGUUCUAUGCGUCUUGUUGCUGUCUUGCUGCAUCUACGCCCUGCUCUUCGUGUUCUUCAAGCUGCGACUCUAUCUCUCGCGCAGCUGUCGUCAGGGCAGCUUUGUACUGCCCACCACAAGCAAACACGCUGGCAAUGCCGGCGAGAGUCAGGCAACAGCCAAUGGCAUACAGCACUCACCCUGUCGCAUCUCCAUGGUGCUGGGCAACUAUGCGGGCUACGAGAAUCAAGGAUAUACUCCCAGUGCGGGCGAGGCAAAGAAAACAAAGAGCUAGACUAUGUUCAGCGUACAUAUUCUCAGACUAUAGAUUU